GCCUAUGUUAAACUGUAACUUUUAAAUAGUUAUCUACUUUAUCUCUAUUGAUAUACUAUUGACAACUGAUAAAUACGUGUAAAUCGAUUUAGUUUUGAGUUAUCUCAUCAGUUGAUCAAACCCCAGGCCCCAAAAUGUUUCUAAAAUAUUUUUCUCUAUUUUUAUUAACCCUGUUUAUAAUUAUAAACAAAAAUGAUUCUGCUAGAAUAUUAGCAGUGAUCCCAACUGCUUCCUACAGUCAUCAAAUGUUCUACCAACAACUAUGGCGGCAGUUAGCCAUUCAAGGUCAUGAUAUGGUCGUGAUAACCACUGAUCCCACGGGUGAGACCCUCCCAAAUUUCAAGGAGAUAAGUAUUCGUGAAUCCUAUGGUCCUUUUAAGAAGAUAAUCGAUUUGAUUCUUGAACAAGGCAUGUUCAACAUCUUCUUCAGCUCGGAAAUGGAUGAACUUGGUAAGGAGCUGAUUCAUUUCCAAUUGGGAUUACCUCAGGUCCAACAAAUCGUCAGGAAUGAAUCGGAAUACUUUGAUUUAUUGAUGGUGGAACAUAUGCCUGGACCGUUUUAUGCUUUGAAGAAGAGGUUUGGUUGUCCUAUGAUUGGGGUUGUGUCCCUGGAUGGUUUCCCGAGCUCACAUGAAGCUAUGGGUAACCCGGUGUAUAGUGUAUUGUAUCCUUAUUCACUGUUUCCGUAUCAGGAGAAUAUUAGUUUAUGGGAGAGGAUUAUAGUUGUGGUCUUCAAUGGGUUAGCAAGAGUAUUUGAGCAGUUUGAUGGGUUAAGGAUGAAUGUGUAUGCUAAGGAUUACUUUGGGGUUGAUGUGGAUGUUAUGGAGAUGUUGGGGGAGACGGAUAUGUUGUUUGUGAAUGCGAACCCUUUGUUCACUGUGGUUAGACCUCAUACUCCGGCGACUAUUAAUUUAGCUGGGGGGAUACAUAUGAAACCUCCUAGGGAAUUACCUAAGGACUUGAAGCAGUUCCUUGAUAAGGGUAAAGAUGGGGUGAUCUAUUUUAGUCUUGGGAGUAAUGUAAAAAGUAAAGAAUUAUCCAUGGAAUUACGUGAGACCAUUCUGACCACUUUGUCCCAACUACCCUAUAAAGUUCUCUGGAAGUUUGAAGAUGAUACACUACCAGGAAAACCCAAAAAUGUCAUGAUUACAAAAUGGGCACCCCAACAAGAUGUUUUAAGACAUCCCAAUGUUAAGUUGUUCAUAACCCAAGGUGGGAUCCAAUCCCUAGAGGAAGCUCUCUACUCCCAUGUACCAAUGGUAGUAAUACCCUUCUUAGCUGACCAAGAAGGCAACGCUGUUAAGGUCCAAUCAAAGGGUUUAGGUUUAACCCUACAUCCCACAACCCUAAAUACUAACAACUUCAAAAAUGCUAUUCUAGAAGUUUUAAAGGACCCUAAAUAUAAAGCCAAUGUAAAAUUACUAGCAGCACAGAUUCAGGACCAACCUAUGACUCCAAUGGAGAAAGCCAUCUGGUGGAUAGAAUAUGUCCUUAGACACAAAGGAGCCCAACAUUUGAAAGGACCCAAGAUACCUUUAUACCAAUAUUACUAUUUUGAUGUGUUAGGGGCUUUAGUAGCUACUGUUUUUGUAAUAAUAUUAUUCAUAUGGUUAUCUUUCAAGGGUAUUGCAAAAUGUUGCAGGUCCUUGACCUCCAAAGAUAACAAAAUUAAAAAAGAUUAGAUUACCUAAUACAAAAUAAAGCACUUAAGUAAUAUGAGUA